UCCUUAUAUAUUUUGGUAACCAAGCCAGCCGGCACUUUUAUGCUUGAUCAAUAACUUCGAUUCAAAACAACAAACCCAAAAACAGGUUUUACCUUCAGUUCGUAGUGCAAAAUAAUAAAUAACAAAUAAUGCAAUCGGAAAAGAAGAAAACUCUCUUGGAGAAAUAUGAAAUACCAAUAAGCCACCUGGACUUUGCCUACGUGGAGACAGCCAAAAAUGCACGGGAAAUGGAGAAAAUUGUGCACAUCCUGCGCUCCGGCGAGGAAGGAUAUUUUCCAGACCUCUUGCGAUGCUCAGAGGAAAAGUUGAAGCAGCUGAAGCCAGAUAGUAAAUUAUUUCGCUACGAGGAGGAUAUCAAGAAGAGUGAUAUCCUUGACAAGAAGGAACUGAAACCCAUAUUGGAUUGGACCCAAGACAUAAAAACAAAGGAUAGUGCCUUGAACGAGUUAAAGAACGAAAACCAGUCCCUGGAUAUACCUUCCAUACGUAAACUGGGCAAAAUCGAGUUGGAUAAACCGAGUCCUGGGCCAACAAAGCCUGCCCCAGCUGCAGCACCACAGCCGGCAAAGGCCAAGGAAAGCCGGAUCAAGUCAACGGACUACAGUAAGUGGGAUAAGUAUGAUCCCGAUGAGGAAAUACUUCGCAUGGAUCUGGACGAGGAGCGCAGCAAGGAGGAGGCCGAUUUGAAGAUUCCCAUUAAAGAUAAACCGGUUACCAAACAAGAGUUGAAGGACGAAAAGAAGGCCAUGUAUGAACGCCUUCAAACUCAGCUAAAAAGACUUAGCCCUCUUGAGCGUGAGCAAUUUGCUGAAAAACACCGACUUCGUGGAAAUGAGUAUUUCAAGGCCAAGGAGUAUGACAGUGCCAUAGAAGAGUAUAACUGUGCCAUUAUAUAUGAUCCUGAGAAUGCAGCCCGGGCCUACAACAAUCGGGCUAUAUCUUAUAUGAAACAAAGCAAUUAUGUUGCUGCCAUAAUGGACUGUGAGGCGUGUUUGCAAUUGGAGCCGGAAAAUAUAAAGGCUCGUCUUCGCCUGGCGGAUGCCCACUAUGCCAAAGGAAAACGUCGCGAGUCAUAUUACCUGUACCAGCGUGUGCUGGAAUUGGAUCCGGAAAAUGCCAGUGCCAAGCAGUCUUUGAAGAAUUUAAAUUCCCAGUUUGGUGAACUGGCUCCUGCCAGUGCCACGCGUUUAAUGAUCGAGGAGCUGAAACCUGAAGUCGAUGGUGGAAAAUCCAAAGAAAAGCCUGAGGUUAAGCAAGCCACAGCAGCAAAGAAGGCACCACCAUCCGUAGCCAAGAAGCCCCCUGUGGUCGACACUCCGCCAGUUAAGGAAUACGAUCUGGCCGAGUUGGUCAAGCCAAAUCGUGUGGUCAACAGCAAACUCGUUUCGGCCGCCCAGGCCUUGGGCAAUAAGCUUCAGGCUCCACAGGCCAAUUCACAAAAGAAACCAGCGCAGCCCAAUCUGUCGGCCAACGAAGCGAUGCCUUCAAUGUUGCGUAUGCCACAGGACAACCUUAAGACUAGCAAUAAGCUUCUAAUUCAAGAGAUUUAAUUGUAAAUACAAUUGAAAUGAAAAUAAAGAUAUAGAAUG